AUGAACACGAAAUCACUUAACUUUUAUGAGCCAUUCGAAAUUGAAGGUCAAAAAUACAUCAAGAUGGAUGUGAAGAAAGACCUCGGUGUAUAUGAACCUGGAUUGACACAGGAAGCAUUCACGGCAAAAGAUAAGUACGAUUACAAGGGAAUAAUAGAAAAUUUGGAAAAGUACGGGCUCUGUGUAGUCCCAAAUUUCAUAGAACAAUCCAAAUGUGAUCAGAUAUUGAAGGAGCUCGAUCCUCAUUUCUACAGGCACGACGCAUGGCAAGGUUCGCCAUUCCCGAAGGAAACUACAGUAGUAUCAAGGGCCGUCCUCCACUCACCUACUAUCUUGAAAGAUGUUGUAUCUGAUAGCUUGUUCUGCGAUAUGGCAAACCAUUUUUUGAAUGAGCAGAAUUAUUUCUUGACCGGAAAUGUCAUUAGAAAGUGCUCAAGUGGUAUUCAGCUAAACUCUGGUAUUGUCUACAACGUUGGCCCUGGUGCUGGUGACCAAGGUUAUCAUCGAGAAGACCAUAUUCAUCAUACAAUUCAUCAAGCGUGUGACCAGUUCGAAUAUGGAAAGGAAACACUACUGGGAAUAGGUGUUGCUUUCACAGAUAUGAACAAAGCUAAUGGGGCUACACGUGUGAUUAUUGGUUCACACUUGUGGGGCCCACAAGAUUCUUGUGGGAAGUUCGACAAGAGGAUGCAAUUUCAUGUAAACGCUGCUAAGGGCGAUGCCAUUUUAUUCUUGGGCAGCCUUUAUCAUGCUGCAAGUGCAAACCAUACAUUAGAUAAUAGGAUUGCUGGAUAUUUCUUUAUGUCACAGGGCUACUUGAAGCAAGAGGAAAAUCUUCACUUCGGAACGGACCCUAAAGUUUUCAAAGAUAUGCCGCUAGAUACUUUGCAACUUUUGGGAUUAAAAACUAGUGAGCCAUAUUGUGGUCACAUUGAUUACAAGAGUCCAGGACAUCUUGCCAACCCUAGCUUGUUUGAAAACGAAGUUGAAAAAGGAUAUUACGGUGAGACAAUCAAGAUUAUUUAUGAUGAUAAGUCCUAA